CCUUUCUCCUUUUCUCCCUCGCCUUUCCAAAAGCGCCGCUUUCUCUCUUCCCGGCACUGUCGACGCCGGAGACUGUCUCGCCUACCUCCCGCCGCAGACCCCUUUGCCGCUUUUGCUUCUCUCUUCUUGCCUGUCUGUUUUUUCUUCUUCUCGUGCUUCCUUCUUUCUUCUCAUCUUCCUGCUCUGCGUUUUCUCGUGUGCGCUUCUUCCUUCUUGUCUUCUUUUCCCUCAAGUGUCUUCUCCUCUCCUCUCUUCCGUUUCCUUCGUAUGCCGGGCUUGCAUGCAUCGCCAGCCUGCCUUCUUCCUGAGUUCAUUUUAUGUAGAAAAAAAGGUCUCGAAAGCUAAGGGUCUCUGCGUCUUCAUUCGCAUGCAUGCGUGGAGACGAAAACGCGCGUCCGUCUCGCGUGAUCCGCGGCGUUUCUCUCGUCAAAAAACGCGUCCAGAACUCGAGUGGGCGCUUCUUCCCCUCCGCCAGACACGCUCUGCUCGCGGCGCGGCACCCGAAGGCUGUCGACGAGUUGAGCGUCAUCGAAGACAUAAAGACUCUCAAGAAGGUCGCAAAGGAGAAGGAGGAGGACCCAGACUGGACACGAUUGAGACUCAAAUGGCUCGAGCAUAUUCAACGCGAUAAAUUUCGACGCCAUGCAGAUCUGCGGGAGAAGCUGAAGAACACUGGCGGGCGCGAACUCGUGUGGCUCAACAACGCAGACAGUUUCUUCGGACAGGUUCACAACCGCGGGCAAAAUCACUUAGGUCGCAUCCUCAUGGAAAUCCGCUCAAACAUCAAUGAAGACACUGAACUCGAAUCGUGGAUUGUCAUCUGCCAUGACAUCGAGACCGAUGAACGAUCUGUACCCAUUCUGAAGCUCUUGGAGAGAAAAGAAGGAGAAACGCAAGUCACUGAAAUCGUCCUCAAGGGGAAAAGCUUUUACCGCCUCGGGAAACUUCCUGACAACGACCUUGUGGCGCUGAAUCCGUCGAUUUCCAGACGCCAUGCGGCACUCGUUGUGCUCAAGGGAGGAAGUGUUCUGUUGAUUGAUUUGAAGAGCAAGGCGAAGACUUUCAAAAAUGGCGUCGCACUUGAAAACGAUCACGUGGGCGUCCAGGUGGAGACGAACGACAUCAUCAGCAUGGGAACCUCCAGGCGUCAGUAUCUCCUCGAAAUUGACAACACCGGCAUCCUGGACUACUUGCAGCGUAGAAGUCGAGAGCUGAGGAAGGAAAUUGCGAUGCUCGAAGACGACUUCAAUCCGAACUCGAUCAACAAGAGCGCGACAAGGCUGUUCGUCGGAGGCCUGGCGUACAACACGAGCCGCUACGACAUCUGCGAACUCUUCGGACCCGUUGGCCCGAUCGUGGAUGUCUCGCUCCCGCAAAUCGACCGCGCUAUCCCCAACGACUCAGAAGACGCGUUCGCCGUCCGAGGCAUCGCCUUCAUCGAAUUCGCGGACAGGAAAGACGCGCGCACUGCGCUCGAGCUUUCAGGCAGGCACCUCUGCGGACGCCCAAUCACCGUGAACUACGCGAACUUGACGAAGGAAGAGCGGGCAGUGCAGAGCGCGUUGCUUGGGGAGGAGAAAUGCUUGUCUUCGUUCGUUCCCGCGACGUCGAAGACGUUCGAACACCCGACCCAGAGGUCUCUGCACACGGGGACGAACUUGGAUCUCUCGGAAGAGUUUGCGGAUUCGAAGAGGCGCAGCAGGUGGGAUCUGCACGACGACAGAACAGAGAAGAACUACGGCGCAGACGAAAGUCGAAUCGCAGGCGAGGGUCUGCGCAGUGAAAAGGAGGCUCAAAGAGAAAUGUUUGUGGCAGCGGGUCGCGGCUCCGAAACAGGACGGUCCAACUUCUCCAGCUCUGCUUCCGGACUCGGUGGAGGCGAAGUGAACCAAGAACGAGGAGAGCGAGAGCGAGAGACCGAGAACGAGAGAGACAGAGAGCGAGACAGCGAGAAUGAGAGAGACAGAGAACGAGAGAGAGAAGAGAGAGACAGAGAGCGAGAGAGAGAAGAGAGAGACAGAGAGCGAGAGAGAGAACGAGAGAGAGAACGAGAGAGAGAAGAGAGAGACAGACAGCGAGAGAGAGAAGAGAGAGACAGACAGCGAGAGAGAGAACGAGAAAGAGAAGAGAGAGAACGAGAGAGAGAAGAGAGAGACAGACAGCGAGAGAGAGAAGAGAGGGAUCGAGAGAGAGAAGAAAGAGACGAAGGUGAGUCGGGGAGUGAAGGAGAGAAGGAGAGAGGAAGGGGAGAACGAAAAAGAGAGGGAGAGAGGCGUCGUCGGAGGGCUGACGAGGAUGCGAAAGAGAGGAGAGGAGAGAAGGAUGAGAGAGGAGACAGAGAAGAGAGGAGAAAAAAGCGAAGAGGCGAGACAUCAAGCUCCAAGGACGAACGCCGACACCACGGACGCAGAGGCGAUGACAAAGAAGAAGACGGUGCUUCAGAAAAAGAACGAGAGGAGACGCAAGACAAGAAGGACAAGGAAUCGCGAAAACGCAAGAAGGAGAGAAGAAACAGCACACAGGAAGAGUAAAGACUUCGAGAGUAAUGGGAGAAGAAAGAGGAAGAACGAUUUCCGCACAAGACACAAACUGGAAAUCUCACACAUAUCGCGGUUAAACAGUUCUCCAGUUUGAGGAGUGUCGAGUGUCUUCAUGAAGUUGUGGUGCUUCUCAGAAAGAGAAGAGAGAACAAGAAGAAAACAUAAAACAGAAUAACGAUGGAAAAGGCAAGACUGAGGGUAGGACGGAAAGUAAGAAAACUUGGAAUACAAGGAAAACAAGAACAAGAGAAAGAGACAGAGACUCCGGGUCGUCGGGGUCGUCUGCUGUCGCGUCCGUGUGUACACCGUGCUACUGGGGAGGAAGCACCACGCAACGAAAUCAAGCGCGAGAUGAUGAGAAGGAAUUGCUCUGUUUUGAAUUUCCAAGGUUUCCUGGAAGGCUACCGGUGCGUCUGCGUUGCUGUUGGUUGCGAAUCAAAGCUGGAAAGGCGAGUACAUGUCGACUGCAUGCAUCGAGAGGAAGGAGAGGGAUUCCAGUCUUGUCAGGUUUUCUUCUCGCGAAACAGCCACAGGUGUACCUUUCCACGCUUUACUAUUUCCCUAUGCGCAUGUAUAUAUAUAUAUAUAUAUAUAUAUAUAUAUGCGCACGGAGGAGUCUUGGGCGUCGAAAUACGUCAUGCCUAUAUAUAUAUAUAUAUAUAUAUAUACACGUAUAUAUGGUAGGGUGUAUGUCAUGUACGUCCUUGAAUAUUUUCAGAAGCGCUUUCUGUGCAAGUGAGAGUGUGUUGUCGGUGCUCUCUGCUUGCGUCGUAUGUUGGCGUUUGUCUCUUUUCCUUCUUUGUCUUUUCAUUGUUUUCUCGAUUAAAAUUUCCAUAUCCUUUCGUGGCAGCGGUGUCAAGCGGCGCGAGUGGACGAAUCAAAGUUCUUUCAGCACAUGCAAGGAUACGCAAAGGUCGAAACUCGUAAACACGUUCAUUUUUAUUGUUGGAAAAGCAGACGUAAAAAUCGCUACGUAUUUCCAUGUAUAUGUCGAGAGAGAGCGCGAAAAUUAUGGAACCUCGGC